CUGAUCUUUAUUUUCUCAUCAAGUCUGAGUGUACUUCCGAGCAGUGACUGCAGACUCCGGUAGCAACUGCCUGAAGACACAGUUUCGUUUGGUGUGUGUGUGCUGUUUACCUCAGCAAAAUGUGGGGUAGAAGUGUUGGACAUAUCUCCAUCUCGUCAAGCUGACAUCAGUUGAGCUGCACCGUCUUCAUAAACGUCAUCACUCUCAUUCCACAUUCAAAUCCCAUAGCGAAACAACAUACCGCCGAAAGCAAAUAAUCCCCAAGCCAUACCAAAUCCUCUAAUAUUUAUGCAUAACGGCUUCUGGAUUAACAGCGACAUAAUGAACCACACAUUCGUUCAGUACGAUUAAGAUUACACCAAAGCACUGAACCUCUCAUUUAUAAAGUAGAAGAGCACGUGUAAACAAAACAGUAUAGUUCCCUUUGCUCCUUGUGCUGGCCACUCAUUCAGUCAAUUUCAUCAAGAUUAGCAGUAACAUAAAUCGUUAAUAUAUUUUACAUUAAUAUAUUCAGUGGUGUAUCGUGACUUUAUCAGUAAGGUGAAGAAAAGAAGACUUGAACUGCCAGCUAUAAUUCGACUCAAAUCAUCAUAAAAUACCACAAAAUCAUCGUUAUCUUUGUCAGUCAUCGGCAAGAACGAUCGUGGAAUAUUUAAAUUUUUACAUAGAAAUUCUUAUGUGUACACGUGUCUUUUACCUAAAGGAUAGCUGGAUACAUAAAGAAUAUAAUCACAGAAGACGAAAAUACAUCCUGAGUAAAUAUCGUUUCGAAACAAAUCUCAUAGCAGGAGUAGAUUAUACAAAUAUGAAGACGAGAAAAUAAGUUCUCUGUUACAGAGUUCUGAUACAUAAAAGCAAAUUUGCAGCCAGUGCAAACUGCCGUAGCAGGCUCCGGAUGUUUACUGCUGGCUGCACAUACAUCAGAACAGUGUGUUCCGCAUUUGAGAGACUUGUUAAUAUCAUUUGGAGAGUUUUCGUAAAAUAGAGUGCGAACAUUCGCUUUUAUCGUAAAAUAAAGAACGAAAGCAAUCAAAUCACACUUCAAACACCGCAGAUAAGGUAACCAUAAUGUCCGAACGCAUAUAAAAACACAGAAGAUAACGUAUCCAUCCUGUAAACCCCACGCAAUAAAUUAAAACGCAUCGAUCUAUCCAAAAGUAACCGACGAGUUUUACCGUCGCGGCGACAAUGGCCAUGUACCCGUCCAAGAUACCGGACGAGGAGUGUCAGCUGAUGCUUCACCAACAGCGAGCUCACAUACGGCAAGUUUUGGGAGUUCGACGUAGUUCGCUGUUGCUCUCACUGUACGUAGUCUUUUACGUGGUGUACCUCGUAACUGGGGGUGUUGUGUUCGCUGCCCUCGAAGCCCCGGAGGAAAAGGCUGUCGUCUCUGCGCUGGCCACCGCUAGACGGAUAUUUCUUGAAGCUCAUCCAUGUGUCUCAGAUGACGACCUAGAGAAGCUUAUUGAGGAAGUUGUAAAGGCCAGUAACAGAGGAGUCUCAGCUGCCAGGAAUGCAUCUGGAGAGCCCAACUGGAGCUUUGGACAGUCUCUCUUCUUCUCCAGCACUGUUGUCACAACUAUUGGUUAUGGCCAUGUGACACCACUCUCAAAGGGAGGGAAGAUUUUCUGCAUCUUGUAUGCCAUGCUGGGAAUUCCGCUGACACUUGUCCUCCUAACUGCACUAGUUGAAAGGCUUAUGGUCCCCACAACAAUGUUGUUGCAGUGUCUCAACUCUCGCCUUGGCCACUUAUACCAGCCAUUCAACAUCCGUCUUCUGCACCUAUUCCUUGUGGGGUCUCUGUUAGUGUGUCUCUUCUUUUUAACACCAGCUGCCAUCUUUGCAACUCUUGAACCAGAGUGGGAUUUCCUCGAUUCCCUGUAUUACUGUUUCAUCUCACUGACAACUAUUGGCCUGGGAGACUACAUUCCUGGGGACUCUCCAAAUCAACCCUACCGACCAGUUUACAAAGUUGCUACCACUGGAUACUUGUUGGUUGGCCUGACCUUUAUGAUGCUCACCCUCACUGUCUUCUAUGACAUUCCGCAACUGAACUUCGGGUUGUUCUUCUUGAUGCGAUCAGACGAGACAACUGGAGAUCCUGAGAAAGUUCGACUUCAAACUCCUGGUGCUGUGGGGCCUAAAUAUACUCAACAGCUGGAUGAUGGUGGCAUAGGUCGAAGAGCAGUAGUGAGAGUCAAGUCACGACGAGAUGAUUCGCCAAGUCCAGAGGAUACUACCCCUGUCCAUGCUAGACCAUAAGCCCUCCCACCAUCUUUCCUCGUCCAUCAACCCUAGGUAUCACCCUGACCAAGUACAAGCAUUAACAAGUUCUGUUUUGCAAGGGUAAAUCCCACAAGCUGCAUCGCUUCCUCUCAUGUACCUCCCAUUCAUUGGUAUAUUUGUUUCAGAUACCACAAUGACCUAUACUAUCUAAUGCUUCUAGUCAUUUUCCAUCCUUAAGUGACAUCUACUGUUCAUGUACAUAGUUCAUAAAUCAAACUAAAAGAAUACCCAGUUUAUCACAUUAAACAUUCUGCAUCACAGCUGUAGAGUUCCAGCAAUUAGGCAGCUGCUGAUAUAGAUCUAUUUAUUCCUAAGGCUCACACCAAAAUGACCAUUAAUUUCUCUAAUUGUUAUUAAUCUUGAUUAUACCUCAUGGUAAAUUUUUGUAUGCCACGUGUUUAUUUAAUCUGUAGCUCAUUAACAACUUUCUCUCCUAUCAUAUGUAUUUCAUAUUUUCAUAUUAACUCCAUGCCAUAAAUUUCAUACAUGUCCUCAUAUCUUAAACUGUUAAAUAACUUCACAUACAAUUCAUAUCCCAUAAAACUGGACCAUUCGUUAAACAUUUUAAAUUAUAUCUGUCAUUUCUGAAUACCUGGGACUUAAUUCUACAAACAUUUUUGUUAGCACCUUCUGUACCCAGUAGCCAAACUCAGCAUAUGUAAAUGCAAGAAUCUGACUUGCUGUCAACAUGAAGUAAAGAACAACGAAGCUGAGCAUGAAGCUGCCACACUGGGAUAAUCAUCUGUGCAGAUGCUAUUAUAUUUUGGGCAAGCCCAACCCUUUGCUGAACCUAGAGCAACUCUUGUACACCUGCCAUAUCAGUGUCAUCAAUGCUUCAAGAAGCAGCACUCAUCUACAGAUGAUGUCAUUAUGAUUUGCCACUGUCUGAGGUCAGUUAUCAACGAAAAUCAAGCAACAGCAGCCAUGCUGAUUCACCUGGCUCUGAUAAGAGAAUGACAUGGAUCUGAACAUGAGAUGUGACUGAAGAUUUUAAUGUUUUGUAAUGACAAUCAUGAAUUGUGUAGUGACCUGAGCUGUGAAACAAUGGAAUUUGCUGGUGACACCAAAUAGAUUACAUACAUUAAAAAUAUAUAUUUUGAAGAUUUCCAAUACAUUUUUCCUUCUAAAAAUAUAUUUUAUGCCCAUAAAUAUUUUACUGUAAAUGGCUAUGAUAUAUAACUACAGUGCCAAUGCACUGACUUUCAGUAACACUAAAGUGUUGUGAAAAUGUUCUAAAAGUUUGUGUCACCAGGUGCAUGUACAUAUAUAUGUAUAAAUAUUUCUGUAAGCACAAAUAUUUAGAGAUUACAUGGUACCAUUUUUUCUGCCUACAAAUUAGGCAUGUACAAACCUCAAAUUUUAUACCAUGAAUUAAGAAAAACUAUAGAUAUUGAUUUCAACACUGAUUAAUCAAUCUCAAACAUUAAGAAUUUUCAUAUCACUGCUUUUGUUUUGUGUGGUAACAUGCAAAUUAUGCGAUCAAUCAGAAUGGUAAUGGGUGGCCAAGCUAGUAAAGAUCACUUUCUGAACAAAAUAUUUCUCUCUGCCAACAUCAAAAAAGUGUGCCCCAGAACUUAACCGUUUAAAUAAAGUAAUGUUUCACUGGAGGAAAAGGAUAAGUGGUACACUUCAAUCCACUGAUUAAAAGUGGUUAGAGUUAUAAAUUGUAAUUAUGAUGAGAAACUAGUUUAGUAGAAAAAAUUCUCAUUCUCAUCUCAAUUGUUGAAAUUUUUCAAAAUUCUGAUCUUGAGCUUAUCUCAAAAUAAAAAAAUCAUUCCUGCACAUGCCUAAUGCAGUUUAAGAUAAAGAUUUCUACAACAUAUAAAAUUCAGUUACAAAAUGCACAAAAUUAGGAGAAUUUGUGGAAAAUCUGUCAAGUUUUAUUGCUCAAAUAUAUCCAACGUGGAAUUAAUUUUACAAGGACAGUAUAUGAAUUUUAUAUAUUUUAUGCUAUAUACAGUCAUACAAAACUUGUUAUCUAUCAUUUAAAUCAGUAGAUUCCAAUUACAUUAAAUGAACACAUGGAAACAACCUUGCAUUAUUACACAUAAAUCAGAUGUAUUUACCAUACGGCCUAUAGACAUUUGGAAACUGAAUCUGGUAGCAGGACUCAAAUGAUCUACACCACUAAUAUUAAAGACCACCAUUGCACAUGACCCUGAACCAGUCUGAUCCCCCAGAUGACUAUUUUUAACAGGUUUCCCCACCACAAGUCUGAAUCUUCAAAACACUCAUUAUAUGAUAAAAAUAUAAUGAAGUUGCUUCUGUGCAUAGCACCAUGGCAGAAAGACACAGAGGGAGACUGGAGGUAAAACUCCACACACUCUCAGCAUUAGCAUUAGAUGGGGAUGAGCAGUCAACUUCAUUCCAUUUGCUUCCCUCUCAGGAAAGCCCCUUGCAUCCACUGGAUAUGCUGAGCAGGUCUGCAGAGAUAUUCCAAAAAUGGUGGUGUAAAGAAAAACUUCCAAUGGCCCUACCACAGACUUUAACCAGAGCCAAUCAGUCUUUCCCAUGGGGGGGGACUGCAUCACAGUACAAAUGUUUCGUUCUCUGCAUUUUACAAAUGUUAUAUGAAACAUUUUCCACCAAGCGAAUAAUUAGACAUUUUAUCGAGUCAAUUAUGCACCCCUAAUGGGAAAAUAUGACUUAAAACUAUAAUUCUAGGCAAGAAAUUUACUAAACAUUUCCAACAUACAUAUUAUUCAAAUAAAACACCCUGAUACAUGAAGAUGUGCUGCCUCCAUCCACAGGGUCAGGAGGCACAUUCCUCCAAAAACAGCAACUAUCUACCAGACUAUACAGCAUUGCAUCCCACAUCCAUAAGAACCUCAAUCUCACACACAUACAUGUACAGAUGAACAAGCAGAUGUAGUGUAGCUAACAUCAUAUGUGUAAGUUUACUUUGUUGUGAAACACACUUAAAAUUUAGCCAACCUCUUACAAAUACACUCUGCAUAAUGAAGAUGCUCAUAUUACAUGGUUCUUCCUAUAAGAAGACAAGACAUUCUGUGUCCAUACAUAUGUAUUUAAGAAAGUAUACUUAUGCUACGGUUUCAAGAAAUGUGGAACUGUAUUUUAACUUACAGUUUCUAACAAGGAAGGGACUGAAAAUGGUAUCAUGUACAUCCUCUAUAAAUAUGGUGUAUGAAAAAUUACUGAUCUCUCUACAUUGAAUACCAUUUAUCUUCAAAUGGUACAUGUACUCAAUGUUUAUGUCAAGCAUCUGUCAAACUGUCAAGCUUUUAACAACUUAGUGUGCAAACUACAAAUAAACAUUACACCAACAG